CAAAACACAAGCGUACCCCUACCUUACCUAUAUACUCACCGUACGUACCUUGCAUAUCUCAUCUUGGGUACAUAUGGAUUCGGAGGUAAAAUCGUCCAUUAUCGCUCCACUUGGAUCUGGGUCUGGUCUCGAGGGGAACGGAUCCGGCGAAAGAGACACAGGUGACGUCGUUGUUAAGCGGAGAGCUCCUAUUGCUUGCAAAAGAUGUCGCCGUAUGAGGAGCAAGUGUAUUCAUGAUAAGAAACCUCCAUGCAAAUCUUGCAAGGACGCCGGUCUCGGCGCUGACUUAUGUAUAUUUCCGGUACGAGGUCAACCCGACAAGGACCGCGAGUACCGCCACCCGCGCACUAAGGCUGAGAAGGGUGCUGUCCGCACCAAUGUCCGGCCCCGUGUUGGAGCCGACCCUUCGAUUGCGUCGGUCCCGACAUCCUCGGCAUCUGGACACCUUGCCCUCGGCAGACAGCUCAGAUCCCCCGAAGAUGAUGACCCAUGGCAGAUACUUCCGGCCCUGCCGGAGAUAAUGGAUGCCGUCACCAGUUUUGUUCACCAUUACUUCCAGCUUGGCUUUAUCCCUAAACAGAUGUUUAUGGAGCGCCUGAGAACGGAUCACCGGUCUAUCAGUCCCUUCCUCCUAUUGGGAAUUAUUAGUAUAUCAGCCCGCUUCACGCCCUCCUUGGUCAAGCAGUACCGUACGGGUAUCGAAGCCUCCGAGGUAUACAUAGCAAGUGCGUCUCGGCUUGCUUUGAAGCUCUUGUACGACAAACCCUCGUUGCAAACAUGUCAAGGCUUCUACCUCCUUAGCAUUGCUCAACAAGGAAGCGGGCUUAAAAAUGCCAGCUUUCUGAAUCUUGGAAUCGCCAUGCGCAUGGCUGCUCUCAUGCAGCUCCACCGUGAGGAUACCUACCAUUGUGAGAACCCAACAAAGGAGUGGAUUGUCAAUGCAGAGUCUGCUCGGCGAACCCUGUGGAUGUUGCACAGUCAGGACAACCUGCAUUCGGGGCCCUCGUCACCAGUUUCCAUGGCAACAUGUGAUAUUACUGCGCUUCUGCCCUGUAACGAAGAAGAUUUUGCGAAUGGCUGCGUGCCCAAGGCGAGAGCAGCGCUGGCCGAUACCCCUCCAGCAAAGGCAAAUCCGAGUUUAACAACGCACAAAUCACGGUCGUUGUUUGCCAGUCUCAUCCAGGCGCAUUAUUUCUGGGGCAAAAUCUCUCGCAGAGCUGUAUCUCAGGACAACGAGUCGUCCCCCUGGCAUGAAAACAGCGACUAUGCCAAAACGGUAAAGGAGCUCAAUGCCUGGGAGGAAAGUCUACCCGAUGACCAUCAGUUCAGCUGUAUGCUGCUGAAAGGCUACAAAGUGGACGGCCUAGAUCUAGCAUACCUGGCUGUCACAAUGGUGGUGCGACUAUGCAACAUUGUUCUGCGAAAGCCUUACAUGCACAUGAUGCUCCCCGGCAAGAGUGAUAAAAAUCGGGCACAAUUCUGGACCAAAAUGUCGUCUGAGCUGUUUACGAAUGUCCAUCUCCUAUAUGAUCAAAUCGACGCCAAGUUCAAGGAUCGAGCUCCGAAUGAUGGAACUGGUGCGCAGAUUAUGGCGUUCUGUGUAUACAGUUGCGGAAUCUUAUCUGCGCAUCUUUGUAAAAAUCCCAACAUAUGCCCGAAUCCCAUGAUCGCCAAGAUGGCACCUACUAUGCUAUCACGAUGCCUCGAUAUCCUUGUCGAAAGCCAGGCAACUUGGCCUCUGGCCACUAACUGGCGCAUCGGGCUCGAGAGCUUUGCUCGUGGUCAGAAAAGCUCUACCAGCAAGGAUGGCACCAUGGCAGACGGAAAAGAUCCAGUACCUCAACCUCUGCAACAUAUUAGCGCGACAUCAUCACCCGUUGAAAAGAAACCGUUUCGACCAGAAGACACGAGGACGGCACUCUCUCAAGGUCAUGCGCCACGAAAGGAUCCUCACCAUGAGCUUCACCCGAUGCCAAACACUUUUAUUGAGCCAGCUUCGAGGUUCACUGCAAUCAACGCACAGCCUUCCCACUUCCAAAGCCAACAUCAACAACCACAACACCAUCAACACAGCCACGACCACCAACAACCACCACACCAUCAUCAACAACAUCACCACCAUCAACACCGACCUAUGCAAGAGCACCAUCCGCACCACUUGUCUCAGCAACAGCAGCAGCAAAUGCCACCACAGCAUCACCCUGCCGAAGGCACGCGGGAGUCUCAUCCUAACGGUAUAAACCUUCUCCUCGAAGUCCUUGAGACACACCCAAACCCCAUAGGCGGCGCUGGGGGCCACACUGCCUCGGCAACCGUCAAUCACUUUGCGGGCAUGGGCAGCGCGCCCCCUCACCACCAUCCGCAGCACGAUUUGGCAUACUAUUCGCACGCCGACGGUUACACGGACUCGCUCAUGUCCUACAUCAGCGAAAAUCAGGCCCAUGCUUGGGUCCCACCUGGCGCUCUGUACAGCUAUGUUAAUGUCAGUGAGGGUAUGUGAGAAUUGAGAUGCUUUUUUGAAGCCAUUGGCGAAAGUCGGUUUUGUUUUCAUCCUGAUGGCGAGCUUUGAGGAUUUCGCCCCAUGGUAACCAGGACAUGGAGGGGCGCACGUAUAUGGGGGACCAUAGUUUGUGCUCUAUCUUGCUUUAUUUUUUCUUCUUUUUUCCCUGGCAUCAUUGCGGUAGAUUUCGGUUAAAGUUUUGUCGAGAUUUACCAAAGGCGGGCCGGCUUUUUUUUGAAUUGGGGGUUUUUGUUUAGAGCGGCUAAAAGUUUUGCUCGCAUAUAGACUUGUUGGGCGAUUAGCAUACGAAUAUACCCUCCCUAGCCUUUUGUUUUUAUGGCCAUUUUGUUUCCACAUAGCACA